AGGCGAGAGGCGGCCGGCUGGGCAGCAUGAGUCAGCAGCGGCCGGCGCGGAAGCUGCCCAGCCUGCUCGUGGACCCGGCGGAGGAGACGGUGCGGCGCCGCUGCCGAGACCCCAUCAACGUGGAGGGCCUGCUGCCAUCAAAAAUAAGGAUUAAUUUAGAAGAUAAUGUACAAUAUGUGUCCAUGAGAAAAGCUCUAAAAGUGAAGAGACCUCGUUUUGAUGUAUCACUGGUUUAUUUAACUCGAAAAUUUAUGGAUCUUGUCCGAUCUGCUCCUGGGGGUAUUCUUGACUUAAACAAGGUUGCAACAAAACUAGGCGUACGAAAACGAAGAGUGUAUGACAUCACCAAUGUUCUGGAUGGAAUUGAUCUGGUUGAAAAGAAGUCUAAGAACCAUAUUCGAUGGAUAGGGUCUGAUCUGAGCAAUUUUGGAGCAGUGCCCCAACAGAAGAAGCUGCAGGAAGAACUUUCUGAUUUAUCGGCGAUGGAGGAUGCUCUGGAUGAGUUAAUUAAGGAUUGUGCUCAGCAGUUGUUCAAGUUAACAGACGACAAAGAAAAUGAAAGACUAGCAUAUGUGACGUAUCAAGAUAUUCAUAGCAUUCAAGCCUUCCAUGAACAGAUUGUAAUUGCAGUUAAGGCUCCGGCAGAAACCAGGUUGGAUGUUCCAGCGCCCAGAGAAGACUCUAUCACGGUCCAUAUCAGGAGCACUCAGGGGCCUAUCGAUGUUUAUCUGUGUGAAGUGGAGCAGAGCCACCCAAGCAGUAACGUGUCGGACAGUGUCGGCGCCUCUUCAUCUGAAAGCAGACAUCCAGAGCAGCCCACCCCUGAGAAAGAAGAAAACCCUUCACAGCAAAGUGAAGAACUGCUUGAAAGUCAAUCAGCCUCUUUUUGAUCACGGUUUCUUUACGCUAAGAAAUGUAUGGAUCUUCUGAAAUCUGCCCCGAUGGCAUUCUUAAUUUAAAUGGGGUCGCAUCAAUGUUGGGAGUAGGGGAAAAAAAGAGCAGAUAACAUCACCAACGCGUUACGUGGUACCUCACUCAAGACAAAUCUAAGAAUCACAAUGGAUAGGGGCUUCUGACAUGGUAGCGGGCACAUUGCUGCUCCUAAUGGACGCUUUUCUGACCCGUGUGCUAGCAGAGUGAUGGAUCAGGGAAUCCAGAACAUUCCAGCCUUCCACGAUCAGAUCGUUGUUGCAACGAAAGGUCCAGCUGCAGCCACAUGAGUUCCAACUCCCAGAGGAAUAGAUGGGGAGUCACAGAUUUUAUCUUCCAUUAAGAAAGUGAGAAAUUAUAACACUUGUGCUGUUAAUUUCCUAAGGUUGCCACAGUGCUGUUGUCUUCAGGACUAAGUGUCCAAAGGUCCCAGCUGUCCUUACCUGUGUACCAGCUCUGGGAAGCCCAAGAGGUGGAGAGCUUGGAGCCAGUUGUGGUUAAUUAAUACAGUCGGCUGUGACUGUUCUGUCCCCAGGGCACGUGUUUGUGCGCUGAGCCUCCCGUGGCUGUCCUUGCAGUCCUGCCAUGGAGAGGCAGCAGCUCCACAGUGUGGAGGCUUCUGAUCAUGCCCAGGGCUUUCUCAGUCCCAUUUGAAGUGUGUGCACGCGGCCCUCCUGGCCAGCCGUUCUCCGGAGCAGGGAAAGCCAUGGAGGCAGUGGCACUGUUUCAGAUGUCUUGGUCCACAAGGUCUGGGAGGACGUGGCUGGAUGCAAAGUCAUCAGUGGACUGUCUUCAGAAAUCUCCACAGAAAAACGUGCUCCUUUGGGGAAGGAGAACUAUUCAGAGUAGACCUAGACCUGUUGUCAAGAAGGUGAGCUGAUCGCCGAUGUUCUUAGGUCUAAAUGGGGAGCUCAUGAGUGGAAGGACGAGUAAGGACCUGAGAAUGUCAUUCUUCAUCUCACUGCCAGUGACUCAUGAGAGAUGGUGGAGUUACGGAGCUGGCAGGAUCGUGGGGUCCUGGGUGAAGUCGGGUCUGCCAGCCCGGACGUAAAGCAACAGGGCCGGAGGGCAUGGUGGGGUAGGGUUUCAUAUCCAAGGGCCGCAAGGCUGCUUGGGGCUUAUAACACUGUCCUCCUGAUAACGAUGCAAAGCCAGCCUUUCCACAAAGCUGUUUCCAUGCCUGGAAUGGAGAAUAAGACUGAAAACGUGGGAUGGAGUGGUCAAAUUUCAUGAAGAAAAUGAUGAAAGGAAACGUCCCAUUAAGAAGAGAUGGUGCAGGACUUCCCUGGUAGCGCAGUAGGUAAGAAUCCGCCUGCCAUUGCAGGGGACACAGGUUCAAGCCCUGGUCCGGGAAGAUCUCACAGGCUGCGGAGUAACUGAGCCCGUGCACCACAACUACUGAGCCUGUGCUCCGCAACAAGAGAAGCCACCUCAGUGAGAAGCCUGUGCACCGCAAGGAAGAGUAGCCCCAACUUGCCACAACUAGAGAAAGCCCCGCACAGCAACGAAGACCCAACGCAGCCAUAAAUAAAUAAAUAAAUAAAUCUAUUAAAAAAGAACAAGAAGAAGAGAUGGUGCAACUUUGGGCUCUGGGUAAUUCUCAAGAGGAAAACAUCCCUUUCUCAGUAAUGUAAGGAGAAGACAUACUUCAUGUUUUUAAAAUAAUUAUUUACAAGGAAAUGAACACCUGACACCAGAACACAUGAACACUCAUCCUAGUGAUCAUGUUCAGGCCAUGUUAAGCUAAUAAUAACUUACAAAUACAUGGGAGUUAAAGCAGUAUGAAUUAUACUGACUUGAUCUCUUCCUUUUUUUUUUUUUUGCGGUACGCAGGCUUCUCACUGUUCUGGUCUCUCCUGUUGCAGAGCACAGGCUCCGGACGUGCAGGGCCAGCGGCCACGGCUCACGGGCCCAGCCGCUCUGCGGCAUGUGGGAUCUUCCCGGACCGGGGCACGAACCCGUGUCCCCUGCAUCGGCAGACGGACUCUCAACCACUGCACCACCAGGGAAGCCCUGAUCUCUUCCUUUUAUAUCAGGAAAGGAAUCUGUUCUUGGUUGGUCUGAUGUGUCCAUAAAUCACAUUAAGAUGAAAACAGUCGUCAUUUUGGUUCUUUGGUCUCAGCAGACCUCUUGUUUCUCACAAAGGUGUGAAUUUCAGUGAUAGAGACAGAAUUUCCCAGUUUAUACAGGACAAACAACUGUAUGCAGUAGGGGCUGACUUUUAUCUUGGUUUGAACCUUACUCUUUAAAACUUCACCAUCCAGGGGCUUCCUGGUGGCACAGUGGUUAAGAAUCCUCCUCCAAUGCAGGGGACACGGGUUCCAGCCCUGGGCUGGGAAGAUCCCACAUACUGCAGAGCAACCAAGCCCGUGCGCCACAACUACUGAGGCCCGCGUGCCUAGAGCCCGUGCUCCGCAGCAAGAGAAGCCACCACAAUGAGAAGCCCAUGCACCACAACAAAGAGUAGCCCCCGCUCACCAAAACUAGAGAAAGCCUGCACACAGCAACGAAGACCCAACGCAGCCAAAAAAAAAAAAAAAAAACUUCACCAUCCAAACAGUAGCCGCUGGCCACAUGGGGCUAUUUAAAUCUAAAUUGUGAUUAGUUUAAAAUCAAAUAAAAUGGAAUCAAUUCUUGAGUCACACCAGCCACAUCUCAAGGGCUCAAUGGUCAACGUGUGGCUGGUAUCUUGCACAUUAGGCAGCACAGAGAUCAUUUCUGUCACACAGAAAGUUCUAGUGAACAACGCUGCUAUAAACUUUUAUUAUAGCACCCCCCAAAAAAAGGUUAAUAGACUGUAACUAAGCUUAACCAAUUUUAUUUCUUUAUUUAAAUUGUUUAAUCAAGAAAUGUUUUAUUGUCAAAUAUUAAUUAUAGUCAUAAUAAUAAGAAUAAAGUUAUUAAAGCAGUUAAGCUGAUUUAUCUCGUGGCAUAGUUAUCAAUAAAGCGUUUUAGCAUGAAGUUUAUAGUAUCAACAAAUAUGGAAUGCAUAUAAAUGAAAUAUAAACUCAACACCUGGCUUGCAUGACACGCGAUUGAUGAGCAGCUGUGAGGCCUCAGGGUUUUGAGUAUUCACAGCCAGGUAAAUCCAGCCCAGCACAUGUGUCAUGACCAUUGCACUAAACUCACACUGUUUUUUAAAUAUCUACUCAUUUUUCUUCAAAAAAGAGGGAAAAAGAAAUUAUAGGAUCCCUGUGUAUUAUGAGCUGGAAAGAAUGUAGAUUAAAACUUUGAGAAACAGAACUUUGCCUAUUCCUGUAAGUAAAACAAACCUGGUUAAUACUUUCUCAUAUCUAUAAUGGUAUCUUCUAUCUUUUCCCAGAAUGUGUUACAGUCCAUAUAAAAGCACCAAGGGGCCAAUUAACGUUUGUGUGAGAAGAAACAGGACAAGGGCCACAGUUGAAGACCUUGGGGUCUCUGAAAUAAAAACAUUUCUCUGACACUUUAACCAAAGUAAAUAUAAAGGGAUUCAACAUGAUUAUUAAAAAAAUACAUUUUACAUGGAUGUUAUUGCAUUAUUCUAAGAGCAGUGUAUGCUUGCAGCAAAAAAAUUUGGAAAAUGCAGAGACACGCAAGAAUCAUCCACAUUUCUUCCUAGUUGUAUUUCUAUCCAUCUAUCUUUACACAUAGUUGAAACAGCCAAAAUAAAAUUUUCUAUCAGAAUAAUGAACUUUCAAGCUCAAGGUUUGAAAUGGAAAAAAUUUUUAUCACUUUAAUUAUAAUCUUAUAAGAAAAUGUUUUUAAAACUUCAUUAAGAAAUAUUUUUUGAACAAGGCCAUAAAUAUCUUAAUUGGCAUCAAUAUCUCAUUCUUCCAAUAUAAGUGGUUGCAGAUAUCAGACAGUCACCAUUAUGUGGGACGGUCUAACCUAAGAUGAUAUAAAAUUCCAUGUAUUAAACUUUAGCCCUAGGGAAAAAAUGAGAAGCCAUUGUGGGGUAAGUAUGAGAAUAUGGGAUCAGUAACUGAUGGGAAAGAGGUACAAGGAAUGUUGGAAAUUUUUUGUGGUGACAGAAGUGUCCUCUAUGUUGUAUUCGUGGUGACGGUGUAUACAAUUGCUAAAUGUAGCAGCUGUAUACAACUGCUAAAAUUCAUUGAACUGCACGUUUAAGAUCUGUGCACUUUGUUGUUAUUAAUAACUUGAUUUUUAAAAAUUCUUAGCCUUUCUACAAUUUAUGAUUUACUCCAAAGAAAAUGAAAUACUUGGGUUAUACACUUAAAAUAUGUACAGGAUCUGUAUGCAGAAAAUUACAAAAUGCUGAUGAAAAAAAUCAAAGAAGACCUAAAUCAAUAAAGCUUCAAAUACUCUUCCUAUGUGGCAGGAUUUGCACCUGGAUUCUACCCAAGCCCAAGCAGGGGAUAAAGGCAGAUGAGUCGGCCACAGACCACGUGUGAGGAGAGAAACCAAUCCUGGGAGACAGGUUCACGCUGACAUUCACGGAGCUUGGAACCCAUGCAUUGAACUGCUUUCCCAUUUUGUAAGGUAGUUUUACAUUUGUCUGUUUCUUAAACAACCUCUGGUUGACUUAGGAGGUAAUGUUAAGAGAGUUAAAAAUGUAUUUGUACUGGUCGGAAUGGCCAUCAUCAAAAAAUCUACAGACAACAAAUGCUGGAGAGGGUGUGGAGAAAAGGGAACCCUCCUACACUGUUGGUGGGCAUGUAAAUUGAUAUAUGGAUAUCGUGGACACCAUGGAUAUAUGUAUAAGUGAUUCACUUUGCUGUACAGCAGAAACGAACACAACAUUGUACAUCAGCUAUACACCAAUAAAAAUUAAUUUAAAAACCUAUUCGGGGUGGAAAAAAUCAGACUUAGAAGAAAGAUGGAAAUGUUGCAUAGUUAAAAGCCUUUAAAAAUUUGUUUCCACUUAAACAUAUGGCAACUUAGUCAAUCAUGUAAUCUGGUGAACAAGAGACAAGAUUGUAACACUGACUUGUUAUUUAUAACAAGGCAAUAUAGACUUGUUAUUUAUAUCAAGGCAAUAUAUUGCUUAGGACUUGUCAGCUUUCGAAGUAGCUGAACAUCACGUCCAGUACUCUGCAAAAUUCUUUCAGAUCCUCUAAAGACAGCUUCAGUAGAAACGUCAUCACAAGCCUACUCAGUUGUCUGUAGACAGGCUCUCAUUUCAUUUUUCACUUUGAGAAUAUAUUUACAAUCCUUGCAAAGAAUCAUUCUUCUCUGUCGCACUGCAGUAUUUAAUUUGGUGCAGAAGGAAAAUUGGGUUGCUGGUAAAAGUUGAAUCUUGUUUGGGCAUUGAAUUGUAGCAAUUUCAGCUACAUCUAGAUCUGCUGUGCUUUUAUGAAUCAUUUUACAUUUCAUGACUGUUCUAAUUAUGAUCUAGGCAUAAUCAUGACUACUUUUAUUGAGCCCUUGUCACAUGCCGGUCACUGGCGUAAGAGAUAUAAAUAGUUGAAUCUUCACAUUAUCUUGUCAGAUAGGGAUCAUAACCCUCAUUUUAGAAAUGAGGGAGCCGGGGCUUGAGAGGCUAAGGUGCCCAGGGCUACACUGGGCAGGGCUCCUCCCUGCCUGGGGCUACGCUGCUGGUUAACAUGAGAACCAGGAGUUGGACCCGAGACAGCAGGAUUCACAGUCCCAGACUCCCUCUAGAGACAGAGGUGACCCCCUUGCUAGGCCAUGCGUUCUGAGGCUCCAACAUUCUUCUCGUUCAUGCUGUAGCCGUGAGAAAAGGUCUUAAUUUUCGGACAGCUCUUUAGAAGUUGGGGCAAAUGUUCACUAUCAUAUUGUGACAACCAUAUUACUACCUGGUUCCAUUUCUUCGACUAUUGAUUAAUUCUUUUUUCCCUUGAUGAAUACAUACAGUAUAAUGAUACCAGGUGAAAAGAGGCAAUCUGACUAAAGCAGUAGGGCUGGUUUUUGAGUUUGGUGUCAUAAUUCACUAAUAAGGCUAUUUUAGCUGGGCAGUGAACCCCUGGAACUGUAGCUGAAAGUUUGUGUUAAAGUCUCAUUACAUAUAUAUAUAGGUAUAUAUAUAUAUAGGUAUAUAUAUAUAUAAGUAUAUACAUAUAUAUGUAUAUAUAUAUGUAUAUACCUAUAUAUAUAUACCUAUAUAUAUAUAUACCUAUAUAUAUAUAUAUGGGAUCUGAAAUCAAUAUAUAUCUGAAUACAUAUAAAUGCAUAUGUAUUCUGAGGUAACUGCUUAGCUCUUGAUUUCAGAAAUCUGGAAUAUUUAUUUUAUAUUCAAUUAGGGAAUUUGAUUUGAGCUAUUUUAAGCAGACUCACCUAAAAUAAUCUGUCACAAGAAAUUUAUAAAGUUAUUAAUACUUUGAAAUAUGACAUUUUUACUUAUUAGCACCUUACAUUGUAUUAACGUUCCAACAUCUUAUAAAAACAUGCAAUACAGGAUUAAAAAAAACAAGAGUUAAGGAAAUUGGGGCAAAGGGCAAAUAAAGGUAGAAAAAAUAAAUUAAACCAGGGGAGAGGUCAGUACACAGAAUGCCUGCUGUAAAGUGUGUGUCAUUUAGGGCAUCUCAUUUUAAAAAUAAAACAGUACAGCUCGCUUUCCAAAAAAUGUGGCUCCUUGAUCAGGAAUCUCCAUCUUUCUUUUCUUUUUUUU